AUGGCCUCUCAACUGCAGACAGCGAGGUACUAUCAGGAGGCAAACGCGGUCCCCAAUAUCCUUGAAGCCUUGACCAAGUUUCCAAACAACCCAGUGGUGCAAGAGGCUGGAUUUUGUGCGCUUUGUAACAUUGCCAACAUCAAGGGCAUGUUGUUGCCCAUGGUGGAUUCCGGUGUGAUUGGCAUUGUUGCCGAUGGUAUGAAGCGUCAUCGCAGCGAUGCGCAAGUCAAUUGGGCUGCCAUGGGGUGGCUCUAUAAUUUGGCCGGCUACCCCAAGGUCGGCCAGCAAGACGACGCCACGGGCCCCUCUUGGGGCACACGAGAGAAUGGCGACGUGCUCAAAACAAAACUCGUCAUGGCGGGUAUUGUCGAUUUGGUUGGCAAGGGCGUGCUGGCUCAUCCCGAGAACAAGAUGGUCCAAAGCGAAGGUAUUGGAGCCUUGCACUUUUUGGCCAAUGCCAGCCAUCAUGCGGUUGUCAAAAUAGCCCUUCUCCAAGCCGACAGUGCGCUGCCCGCAUUGCGUCAAGCUGUCCGCGAGGGAAACGAAAAGACCCACCAAAUGAUGAUGGGUUUUGGGAACAACAGAAACGUGGGCGACACAUCCUUGGAGGAUAUGAAAGUUUAUGAGCUGGCCUGCAACGCGCUCAUGCAUUUUGGAUUGAUCGAAGCCGAUGUCCUUGGUGAUGAUGACUUUGACCCGGACGACAACUACGAUAUGGAUGAUUACGGGAAUGAAUAUCCCAUUGACGUUCCGCCCUUUGGAAUUGAGGUCCUUCUGAACAAGGACUUGUUGGCGGAUGAUGCCGGGUUGGGUUGGUAUCGUGAUUCCAAGUUUUGCAUUGACAACGAGCAGAGCAUGAAAGAGUCAUUGUCUCUCGAAAGCCCGAGGUUGGAAAACUUGUGUGCAUCCGUGUCAAACUGCCCAUGGGAGGGCGCGGUCGUCUAUGGGGGGCUGUCACCGAGGCCAGCGUGCAAGCUCAAGACCGGGACGCGCAAAGAGCUCUUGGCUGCCUUGGGCACCGUCCACGGUCAUCAGGUCAAGGCAGUUGUGUCGCUCAAUUCUUAUGGGCGCAUGGAAGAGGAAAAGCUUCGUCAUGCCCCCCUCGUGGACUUUUUUGGAGGCGCGACAAUGUCUUACAAAGUCACGCUGGCGUUCAACGACACGGAACAAAAUUGGGAAGUCGCUCGCAUGACCAACGAAGUCUUCACGUUCGGAACCACUGAUACCAAGAAAGAAACAUAG